AUGUGUACUGAUUCAACCAAUGGUUCAACAUUUCAAAGCACAACCAACAGAAACCUAGACAAGAAGAUAACUUCAUUGGGGAUCAAGCUAUCAAAAGAGAAACAGGAUUCAUUCAAAGAAUUUAUAAAAAUAAAACUUCAAACUGGUAAACCAAAUUUUGACUUAGGAAAUGUAGGCUUGAAGCAAUGGGAGUUCUUGUUUGAAGACUGGAAGAAAAGCACAGGCCAAACAACUUUGGAGACUCAACCGCCAAAGGGAGAGGAAAAAACAAAUGCAAUGUUUGACACUCCUAAAUUGGAUCAACCAAUAGGAACAGAUGAACACAUGGAAGAGAUUGAAAAUCCAAUAAAAUUCAAAACUGCACCAUUCAUGAAUGUCUCAAAAUUGCUGAAGCAUACUUUGGAUUGGCUCAGGGACAACUUUGAAACAAUACUUUGA